AAGUAAUAAUCUUAAAUGUAUUUGUUUUAAUUAAAAUCAUAAAGCAUGAACUGCACCAGUUUUUUUCCACCACUUUCUCCAAGAAACGCAAAAGAUGAAAAAUACCAACUCUCUUUAUGACUCGGUAGUAACUUCUUCCUUAUAAAUACAGAUUGUCCACACCUUCCUUGAGUUCCACUUCCAUGAAAACUCACAGACACACAUCAUACAUAUAAAUGUCACUUAUAAACAUAUAAUGAGAAUCAGCUGCAAUGGGUGUAGGGUCCUACGCAAAGGUUGCAACCAAGAUUGCACCAUAAGACCAUGCCUUCAAUGGAUCAAAUCGGCAGACUCUCAAGCCAAUGCAACACUCUUCCUCGCCAAGUUCUACGGCCGAGCCGGUCUCCUUAACCUCAUCGAAUCCGGUCCUGAUCACCUUCGUCCUGCAAUAUUUAGGUCAUUGCUAUACGAGGCGUGUGGUCGGAUCGUGAACCCUGUGGAUGGUUCGGUGGGUUUGAUGUGGUCCGGAAACUGGGCUCAGUGCCAAGCCGCGGUUGACUCCGUGCUAAACGGCUUGCCCAUCACUCACACGCCACUUCCCAGUGCAUCCGCGUCGCACCAGGUCGUUCCCCCUCACAGGACUUACGACAUACGCCACGUGGCAAAAGAUCCAGCAACCGGCGGUGACAGUUCGGAGAGUCUAUCCCUGGGCCCACGUGUUAACGGUAACAAGACCAAAACACAGUCUGGCCGGUUCAGACGGCUCGAUGAGACCGUGAAUUACCAACUUGGUGAAUGUAGUCAUGACACGUGGCAACUAGGGAGUUCUAGUGCUACGCAUGGCUAUGGUCAGUUGGCGUUGGAGAACGUGGAGAGUAGAAGGGAAGCUCCAUUAAAUCAAAGCUCGAAUCUUGGGUUUGAUGAUCAGGUCGAUAUCAACGAGGUUGGCUUAGAGCUCAGACUUGGUUAAUAGAUAGCAUUACUAUCAGAAAUGUCUUUUUAAUUAAUAAGUUUACUUUCUAUAUAUUUAAAAGGAGGAAAAAAAUGAAAACCAAAUCAAACUUGGUCUACUGGCUAUGUAUAUUAAUGUGAGUCAUUGUUGGUAUAUUUGAUAAUUAAAAUUUAGAAGUCUCUCGACGCGUUAUGUAAUAUACAUAAUGAUAUAUAUAUUAUAUAUGUUAUUAUGUUGUCUUUGC